GUUGUCUACAAAGGGUAUUGUUUCACUUUUCUACAUGAUAGUUUACGAGCCGUAACGUAGCAUCCCAGCUCUCUUUUAUUACUUCUCUUCUUUCUUCAGCAUCUCUCCCACUCUCGUCCGGCGCUGAAAUAGCAUUUUCGACCCCCUUUUUUUUUUAAGCCCUCCACUCUCCUUUCCUGCCCACAAUGAGCUCGAACCACGUCGAUGCGGAGGCGCCGGCGGCGGAGACGUUGCCGGGUGGCGAGGUCCCUGCGGCGAACAAAAAGGUGGACGCUAAGGAGGCCCGAAAGGCGGCCCGGCUGGCGGAAGAACGGGCCCGCGCCGAGGAGAAGGCGGCCCUGCUCGAGAAGUACAAGGACGUGUUCGGCGUCGCAUCGAUGGUGCAGUCCACCACCUACAACUCCCGCGCCUACAUCCCCAUGACAGACCUGUCGAAGCCGGAGUACGUGGACAAGUCCGUGCUGAUCCGCGCCCGCGUGACGGCGACACGCAAGAAGGGCAAGAUGGCUUUCAUGGUGCUGCGGGAUGGCAGUGACUCGGUGCAGGCCAUGGCGGCGGUCGACGACACAAUUCCGAAGGAGAUGAUCGACUUUAUGGGCCAGAUCCCAUCGGAGUCGAUCGUGGACGUGGAGGCGACCGUGUCGAAGGUGGACCAGCCCAUCACCGGCGCCUCGCACUCGAACAUUGAGCUGAAGGUGACGAAGAUCCACAUCGUGACGGAGUCGCUGCGCACGCUGCCCUUCACCCUGGAGGAUGCCAACCGCAAGGAGUCGGAGGAGGGCGUGAAGGUGAACUUCGACACCCGUCUCAACAGCCGUUGGAUGGACAUGCGCUCCCAGGCAUCGGGCGCCAUCUUCCGCAUGCAGUCCCGCGUCGGCCAGUACUUCCGCCAGUUCCUUAUCGACAACGACUUCUGUGAAAUUCACUCGCCGAAGAUCAUCAACGCGCCGAGCGAGGGCGGUGCGAACGUGUUCAAGCUGCAGUACUUCAACCGAUUUGCCUACCUGGCCCAGUCGCCGCAGCUGUACAAGCAGAUGGCCCUGCAGGGUGACCUGCCGCGCGUGUUCGAGGUCGGCCCGGUCUUUCGUGCCGAGAACAGCAAUACCCACCGCCACCUAACCGAGUUCGUCGGCUUGGAUGUCGAGAUGCGCAUCAACGAGCACUACUACGAGGUGUUAGAUCUCGCGGAGAGUCUCUUCAACUACAUGUUCGAGCACCUCGCGACGCACACGAAAGAGUUGGAGGAUGUCUGCCAGCAGUACCCCUUCGAGCCGCUGGUGUGGAAGCUCACGCCGGAGAAGAUGAAAGAACUCGGCGUCGGCGUCAUCUCCGAGAACAUCGAGCCGACCGACAAGUAUCAGGCUCGUGUGCACAACAUGGAGAGCCGCAUGCUCCGCAUCAACUACAUUCACUGCAUUGAGCUGCUCAACGAGGUGCUGGAAGAGAAACUGGCCCCGACGGAUGACAUCAACACCACCAACGAGAAGCAGCUCGGCAAGUUGGUGAAGGAGCGCUACGGCACCGACUUCUUCAUCUCCGACCGCUUUCCGUCCUCGUUGCGGCCCUUCUACACGAUGGAGUGCAAGGACGACACCCGCUUCACGAACUCGUACGACAUGUUCAUCCGUGGUGAGGAGAUCUCCAGCGGCGCGCAGCGUAUUCACGACCCCGAGCUGCUGCUGGCACGCGCCAAGAUGCUGAACGUCGACCUCACCCCCAUCAAGGAGUACGUCGACUCCUUCCGCCUCGGGGCCUGGCCGCACGGCGGCUUCGGUGUCGGUCUCGAGCGCGUGGUGAUGCUCUACCUUGGUCUCGGCAACGUACGUCUUGUCUCGCUCUUCCCCCGCGACCCGCAGCGCACGACGCCGUAG